AAGGGGCUGAUAUGGACACACGCUGUUCAAGCAGCUUUUGAGGCCUUCGUUGAGGGUUUUGCCAGGGUCGGGAGAUGCUCUACGGAGGGCCGGGCUCUGAUGUCUAUGGAUCUCCAAGUUCUCCAGUUUUCGCUGGAUAAAAUGCAUCCUGCGAGACCACUACGCGGGGCCGCAUAUGCUGACUCUUAUAUCAAGGCUUGGUACUUCGACAAUCGAGACUUGCGGGCUUGGGUUGCUCAAAAUGACGAAAAUUACACCAAGCGACAACUCGCCGCGCUCGUUUUUGCCCAUGAGUUUAAGACCCUCGCCGUUGAAAUUCGGCGCUAG